AUGGGACAGGAAAAACAGAGUUGGCUUAGAAAUGUGUUUGAUUCUGAAUACUUCGUAUUUUGGAUGGCUUUGACAUGUCUCUCUCGGUAUAAAGAGAAAGCAAUACACCAGUAUCUAUGCUACAAAAUAUAUCAGACUAAAAGGGAAGAGGCAGUUGUGUACUACCCGCAGCUUUUCCAUCUGAUGAUGGUGGAGGAGGGGGAUCUGUGGAACCGGCCUAUAUUUAGAAUGCUGCACAAAAUAUCACGCAACGAUCGGCACUUUGCAACUGUUUUGAGCAUGUAUUCGCUUUCUGUUUCUGACUCGUACAAAAUCGGGCAGGCCAAAGAAAAGACAAAGUACAAAAUAUGCCUGGAGUUCAGCAGGAUAAUUGCACACCCCGCGCUGCCAUGCAUAAAGCCUCGGCACCACAAAACACAAAGAACCAUUUACACAAAGUUUCUGCAGAUGACAUAUGGCUCUAAGGUGGGGCUGUCUCCAAGCAUAGAACAUAUGCUAAGCCAGCAAAAGCAGUUUUAUUCUCUGGCAGAGUCCCAGGCGCGAAGAAAGCAGGAGGCAAAAUACUCUGUUACCUCAGCUCUUGCCUCAAUGCUGUCAGGCCUGGCUGCUGUGGCAGAUUUGCACCAGCACACAUACCUUCUCGAUGUGUCCUUGAGCAAUCGAAUCUAUCCAACAAAAAAAGUCCUGUACAAGCACCAGGGUGAUGCCGUGGAGCGAAAGAUUGCAAAAGAGUCGCCAGAGGCGAGCUUCAUAAACAAGCUAAAUUUUAUAUCAAAUUCGCUCAUCUCCAUUCCAAGACACAUGCGCGAGCAGGCAUUUAUCACUGAGCUAAACCUACUUAAUUUGUAUCUGCCGCACACCGUGUGUCUUUCAAUGUUCUGCCCAGGAAGUGCGCAUAUGAGCAUACUCAAAGUAUCAGUGGACCUAUCUAAAACACUAGACUCUGCGACUAGGGCACCAUUUAUGCUAGUAUAUGAGGUGGCAAAGGAGUCUGACGUCCUGCAGAAGCUACAGCUAACAGACCUGCCUGCAUCCAAGGAAAAAGCAUCGUUGCAUUUCACAGACAAAAAACAAGAGACAAAGGAAAGAGUAUUUAAAACAGCAAUAAAAAUAUUAGGAGGGCUUAAGGAGCUGGACUCCAGCGCGCAUGUGGAUAUGGAUAUUCUAUCGAUAAAAACACGGGUUAUCAAAAAAAUAUACUGCAUGCACACUCCUCAGUAUAUUGUGCCUGCAAAUGCAAAAUAUGUGGAUGAGUGGAAGGUUGCUGUGGAGGCAGUUAGAAAGAAGUCAAAGUAUAGAAGCCUGGAGGGGUGGGGCGUUGGCUCUCUGAUCAUCAAGACAGGCUCAGAUAUGAAGCAAGAGCAGCUUGCAUCGCAGAUAUUAGGAAUUAUAGAAAGCAUUUGGGCCCAGGAAAAGACAGGACUCUUCCUAAAUCCAUAUAAAACAAUGGUUACCGGGCGGAGCUCUGGUAUGAUAGAGACUAUCCAGGGCGCCAAGUCAAUCCAUCAGAUUAAAAAGCAUCUUAAAGAGAGAGGAGGCGGACAAAGCAUUAUGGAUUACUUUAUAGAGAAUUGGGAAAGUACAAUAGAGGAGGCACGGGAGACCUUCUUUAAAAGCCUGGUUGCAUACUCCCUGGUUUCAUACAUUCUCCAGAUAAAAGACAGGCAUAAUGGAAACAUUCUGAUUGGAAGCAAAGGAGAGCUCUUCCAUAUAGACUUUGGAUUUGUGUUGGGUGCACACCCGGGCUUCUAUUCUGUUGAGUCUGCACCAUUCAAGUUCUCAAUUGAAUAUGCGGAGGUCGCCGGGAAGGAUCGUAUGGGCAGAUUUAAAAGUGAGUUUCUUAAAGGAUUUUUAUCUCUAAGGAAAAACAUGGACCACAUAAUAAUUUUAGUGGAGAGUGUUGCCAAGUCUGGAGGGAUUCUUUCAAUUACACAUGCCUCUGUGCACUCGCUGCGCGAAAGAUUUCAGCCAGGACUAACAAUCGAAGAGUUCUCCGAGAACGUAUCUGACAUAGUGGAUAGAGGCAUGAAAAAUGUUUUCACUGAUAUAUAUGACUCAUUACAAUACUAUACGCAGGGAUAUUGUAAAUAA